AUGGGAUGCGAGUGGAACCCACAAUGUAUUACUAAGAGGAAUAUUAAAUCCUCCACCAUAUAUAUUCUGGCAAUCCUAAUCUCUUCGUCAUUUUCUCUUCUUCGUUUCUCUUUCUCUUCCUCUCCCUCUUCAUUUUCUCUUCAGCCUUCACCUGAAUCACCUCAGUCGCCUCCACCACCAGUAGACAGCAGACCACCACCACCUCCAUCAAGAGCACCACCACCUCUAUGGCUCUAUCUAGUUUUGGUUGAGUUAAGGGGAGGAACUCAAGGAAGGAGUCUGAAAGAUUUCUUAAGGAAGGAGUCUGAUUACAGGGCAAUGAUUGGAUCAAGUUCAGCUUCAUUAUCAAGCUGCAAAAUGGAAAAUGCAUCUCCCUUUCCAUCCACUGCAGCUGGUUCUACUGAUGUGACACUAUCUAUAACACCUCAAGUUGAUGCUACUCAAGAAACACAAGCUACACAGCAGGCUACACCUACACAGGACCCUGCACCUGAAGUUGUACCUAAGAAGAAGGGGAAAACUAGAUCAAAAGUUUGGAAUGACUUUACAAGGAUCAGCGAAGAAAAAGCACAGUGUAAGCAUUGUCACAAGAAAUUUCAAGCACAUAGUAGAGGAAAUGGAACUUCCAGCAUGAAGACACAUUUAGCCACAUGUCCAGAGAAUCCCAACAAGAAGCUCAAGGGACAAAAGAGUUUGGUGUAUCCACCACCAAGGCCUGGACAGUCAUCACAGCUGGUUGAUGUAAGUUAUGACAAGGAUAUGUGUAGAAGAAGAUUGACUGAGUUUGUCGUCAUAGAUGAACUGCCAUUUAUAAUUGUAGAAGGAGAAGGGUUUAGAAGAUAUAUUGAACAACUUGAACCUAGAUUCAAGGUGCCAAGCAGGAUGACCAUUUACAGAGAUCUUUUAAUUAUGUACAAAGAUGAGAAAGAUAAGUUGAAGAAAUACUUCAAAGAAAGUAAACAAAGAGUCUCUCUUACAACUGAUGCAUGGACCUCUCCAAACAACUUCAAUUAUAUGUGUGUGACAGUGCACUUUAUUGAUAUCCAUUGGAAACUUCAAAAGAGGAUCAUCCUGUUUUGCUUGAUCAAGGGUCAUACUGGAGAGGAGAUUGGGAAAAUGAUUGAGAAAUGUUUGUUGGAUUGGGGUCUAGAAGAUCUUUUUGGUGUGACUUUGGACAAUGUCAGUGCAAAUACUGUCGCAAUUGAGUAUCUUCAAACCAGUGUCAUCAAUUGGACAACAGCAGUAGUGAGAGCUCAAUACAUGCAGGUAAGGUGUGCUGCGCAUGUUCUUGCGCUUGUUGUCAAAGAUGUUGUGUUGUUGUAUCACAAGUCAGUUGGAAGGAUCAGAUCAGUUAUCAAGUUUGUUACCGGUUCUCCCUCUAGGUUGGCCAAAUUCAAAGAAUGUGCUGCUCUCGAGAAGAUUGAUUGUAAGAAGAUGGUUUUCCUUGAUGUGAAGACCAGGUGGAAUGCUACGUAUCUGAUGCUUGAAGCUGCCAUUCCAUAUGAAAAGGUAUUUAAGAGGUUAGAAAGGGAGGACAAGAGCUUUCGUUCUAAGUACAUUUUCAAAGAAUCUGAAAGUGAAGCUUUACCUAAUACCGAUGAUGAUACUGUUGUAAUUGAUAAUGAAGAUUAUUAUCUUAGUUCAUCUAGUGAAUCUGAAUGUGAGGUAGAUGUAUCUAGAAAGAAUAAUAUUAAGAAAAAGAACAAGCCCCAUCAUCAUGCUCCCUAUGCUGUAGACUGGUCAUAUGCUAGGUGUCUUGUUAAGUGUUUAAAAAUCUUCUUUGAUGUUACUGUUAAGUUCUCGGCUUCAGUUCAGGUUACUUCACAUGAAUUUCUAUGGCAGUUGGCAUUGAUCCAUGAACAGUUGGUUCGUCUUAGAGCUAUAGGAAACCGAGAUCCUCAUAUUUCUAGGAUGGCAGAAACAAUGUUUCGGAAGUAUAACGCAUAUUGGGGGGAUUAUGAAGAUAUGAACUCUGUUAUGUAUUUUGCUAAGUUGCUUGAUCCUCGGGAGAAAGAAUCUGGUUUGAAAUUUGAUCUGGAAUGUUUGUAUGAGCAAGAUGAUUUAAGGGUUACAACUGUUUUGAAGGCUGUGAAACAAGAUAUGGGAAGACUUUAUGAUGAGUACACCAGCAUGUAUUCAAAUGCCAAUGCAGAGGAAGGUAUUGGGUCAACAGCUGCUGCUGGUGUUGAUGACAUGGUUGUUUCUGUGCAAGAAGAGAACAUUGAGGAUAUGCUUGAAUCAAGGAAGAAAAGGCGAAGAAUGGAUGUUCAUAGUACUCAUCCAAAGUCAGAACUUGAAAGGCUAAUAGUACCAAGUACAAGGUGA